UGCAGAGCAGCAGUGACUAUGCAGACUCCAGAAUUUUUGGCAGUUAAAAAACCACCAGACAAGGCUGUACCAGAAUUAUUUGUGGUAAAAGAGACACCAGACAAAGCAAUACCAGAACUUUUUGCAGUAAAAAAGAUGCCAGAAAAAGCAGUACCAGAAAUUUUUGAGGUAAAAGAGACAACUGACAAAGCAGUACCAAAAUUAAUUGAGCUGAAAAAGCCAACAGAAGUAACAGUCCCAGAAUUGAUUGAGAUAAAGAAGCCAACAGAAGUAGCAAUUCCAGAAUUGAUUGCGAUACAGCCUCCAACAUCAUCAUCAUUAUCAGAUUACGAUGAAAUACCUUUACAAGACCCUGAUGAGAGGAAGAUACAGGAGGUCAUAAAGAACUUCCAGCAGGCAACAGAAGAAGAUCAGCUGAAACAUAGAACGAAAAAGCGAAAAGGAAAAAGAAUACUGAGGAGGAAUGAACCUUUUGAUGGUUUCAGAGCAGUUGCUUGGCCACAAGUACAUAGAGGUGGAAAUGAAGAUACAAUUAAAACCAUAAGAGUAGGACUUUCUGCCAAUGACAGUGACGACCAAGAGCCUACAGAUCUGUCAGAUGAUGAUGAUUUGGUUGAGGAACGACUGGAUGAGUUGCAAAUGAACGUAGUACCCGAAAAUGCAGAUCAAAAGCACAUAUUUUCCCGCAAGCUUACAGAUGAUGAGGCGGUUCAGAACAGUGUCAACAAGUUGCAGUCAGUACAAACACAGGGCAAAAAGAUACCUCAUGGCUUACCGGACGUUGCUGAAAUCAUUAAUGAGAAUGCUGGAGAUGAAACAGAGCCAGAAAUAGAAUUCAUAGAGGAAAAUGCGCCUGUAUCUAGUAGGAGUGAUUCCAAACAGUCUUUGAGAGACAUGGUAGAGGAUUUAAUCGCUGCCAGCCUGAUUGCUGUCUUUGUCAUUUUAGCUUUAAUUGCAAUGUUUUACACUGUGUCUUUUGUCAGAUCCAAAGAAAAAGAAAAAUCUCCUACAAUAACCAUUAUAGAAAGUGGAUGUCCAGAUGGAACAAGAAAAUAUACUGUUUGUCCCACAAAAAAGACAGAUGCAUCAAUUUGCCAUACUAAAAAAUUCAGACCAUCACGACAACGUCAAACAAGGCCAAAACUUCAGAAAACCAUUUCAUCCAAUCUGUCAAGUGAAUGCAGCAACAGAAGCACUGAAACAAUUACUCUCCCACCACCAAGGAUAAUACCUACCUGCCCACGACCUCUUCGUUCAUCUAUUUCCCGUGCACGUUCCCCUCGUCCAUUAUCACCUCAACCUGUAUGCCCUUGUUCAAGAUCUUCUCAGUUAACACCAAAAUCCCGAACACUUAUUCCCUCACCACACGAACUUCCACACAAAACCGCUAUUACACCAGAAAGAAGAGAUUCAACAUUGCCAGCUUAUCAAGGUUCACGUCUUCUCUCAUCCCCAAAAGUGAUAUCAUCAUAUGAUGUAGGAUCAGCAAUUUCAGAAGGUAAUACAAUGUCAGAUCGCCAAGCUUCACGUCUUCGGUCAACUCCGAGAAUGAUGUCAUCAUAUGAUGUAGGAUCAGUAGUUUCGGCAAGUGACACAAUGCCAGAUCGCCAAGCUUCACGUCUUCUCCCAUCCCCGAGAAUGAUGUCACCAUAUGAUGAAAGAUCAGUCAUUUCAGAACGUGAUGCAUUGCCAGACCAUCAAGCCUCGCGUCUUCUGUCAACAUCAAGAAUGGUGUCACCAUAUGAUGUAGCAUCAACUGUUUCAGAAAGGGACACAGCAUUUCCAGAUUAUAAAGCUUCACAAAUCCUUUCUACCACCCAAAUGGUGCCAUCCCAUGAUUUAGCACCAUCCAUUUCAGCAAAGGAAAUUCACCCAGGCUCUGUUUCUGAUAAAGGUCUUGUCAGGAGUAUUCAUCGAGACAUAGUGCCAGCGCAGUUAUUGUCCCAAUCAGCUCCCCUUCUUUCCACCAGCUCAUCAAUGAAACAACAGACACCCUCUCUAUAUAUAACUGACAGAAGUGAUGCAACAUUUCAAGAUGAUUAUUCUCAUUAUCCUUCAUCAAUUCUGAGGACAAAAUCAUAUAGUUUCAUGCGUGAACCUGAAGAGCAUCAAAUAUCUCACGAUCCAUCAAAUUUAGAGAGGAGUAGCAGGUCAGCUUAUAUUUCAGAUGAUGGUGACGUCAUAAGUGUUGAUUAUGCUGACCCAACAUCAUCUACCUCCAGGCAAAUCACAAGUUCACAAUAUGUUGUCCCUCAAACCCCUCUAUCAACACUCACUUCGCAAACUAGGCAAGUAACACCUUCCUUACCACGAGCACCUAUGUCAGUUUCAUUUACUCACCCACCAACAAAAUACCAAUCUUCUCAAUCUCUAGCACAAAGAGCCAGAGCAAAAUCUGUGAAUAUACCUUUUGUAUCCCCUCAAGCAGAUCAAUAUGUGUACCAAGGUACUAUUUCAUCAGGAGAUUUGGGUCAAAGGGCACAUUAUAUUCCUAAGCGAAGUGUUAUGAGCAUUCAAACUCCAGUCAUUAGCCAACCCUCAGUGCAUCCAUUAAUUCCAUUUCCACAAGGUCUUAGCGAACAGUCUCUUGCCCAAUCACAGUUUCAGACGCAAUCUCAAUACAAGUCGCCUACCUUAUCACGCCAACAGCUUUCAGAUUUGUCUUCACAAAAUCUUCAUGAACAAUCCGAAAUGGCCUAUAUACCCUCAAGUCAACAAAUGUCUUCAGGGGAAAGGAGCUAUAGAAACAUUGCACAAACAUACCCUGUACAGUUUGGUCCCCAAAGACAAACUGUUUCAUCUCCAACUUUACCAUUGGCUUAUCGCUCAUUUGUACAACAACAAGCACCCUCUCUAUCAUAUGGAGGUUUAUCACCAGUAAGUACUCGGGAACUAUCUAAAGUGGAUACUUCACUGCAGAGCAGGGAUACACCAUAUCCUCUGGCUCAAGUUUCACGCUCACCAUCAAUACAAGGCUGGAUUUCCACUGAUAGCCCCACAGUGGGAGAGGUUAGUAUCAGCAAUAUCCCAAGUCGUGGUGACUUUGCAAGUAGUUUGCAUGAUAUUCGCCAUUCAAGAGUGGAUUCCUUUGAUACAUCAAUGGCUCCUUCAGCAGCGUAUUCACCAAUCAGACAACUAUCAUUUUUCCCAUCUUACCAAACAGUAGCACCUGGUUCACCUCAAGGGUCAACAACUGAGGCUGAAUAUCUAAGAACCCAAGACACAUUACAAAGCAGCAGCCCUUUACCUAAAGUACCACCACCACCUCUCUCUCCAUCUCGUCAUUCUCAGUCAAUGCCACAGUUGGUAUCUUCCACUGCACGUCAACAGCUAUCUCCUUUAUCACUACCACUUCUUCAUGAAAGACCUAGGCCUCAAAUAAUAUCAACCUUUCCUCCUGGCAGCCUGAGUCCAAGACCCCGUGAUUCCUUCCGGAGCAGUGCAUUUGAGGACAGCAAUUUUUUGAAGAUGUCACCUAUUUCACAGUCAUUCAUUUACAGAAAUUACUCUAUACCAUCAACACCCAAAAGUCCUGUUUCUCAGUCAUUUGCUUUCAAACCAGGUGAAUUUUCCUUAGGUGAUGAUGAUGUGUUCACAUAUCCAAGUGAAUCUCAACCUCUUGUAUCAACACCAAGAGAUUCAAGGACACUGAGUGUUAGCAUAGACCCUGAAGCAUUUCACACUGCCGUUGUUUCACCAAGCAGCAUUAGUUCUCAAUCUACAGGGGGAACUUGUCUGAGAAGUUUUGAGGACAGCUUCCCAACUUCCUCAGACAGCAUGUACCAUGGACCACCUUCACCCUUAGUCAAUGAUAAAUACAUUGGCCCAUCCAGUGACUAUUCCAUUAAUGAGAUCGGCAGUGACAUCAAUUUACCACAUAGUUCACACUACUAUACAGCUCGUAAUUUCUUUAAUGAUUCCAGUGAUCACACGAACAGCGAUUGAAUAACUGACUCCUCAUCAAAAAACAGGAAGAGAAAUUUUAAUUGAAAUUAUGAUUUUAA